AUGCUGAAGAAGAGCAGCUGGGCGUUGUGGGGGGCGGCGCUCUUCAUCGCCUGGAACUGCCUCCUCCUCCUCUUCCUUUGGAGUCGCCCACCUUCUCCUUCCUCAUUCUCAUCCUCAUCCUCGGGGGAAGGCGCCCGUUUAACGGGGGAAAUCAUCCGUUUGGCUCAAGAAGCCGAGAAGGAAUUAACCAAACAACAAGAACUUUUACAUCAAAUCCAUCGAUACAGCAAUUUAUGGGUUGGGCAACGAGAAAUCCCCAUCACCCCACAACCACCUACCUUGAAACCACCCCAAAAACCUCCUCCUAGUCAUCCCAGUCAUCCCAGUGAUCCCAGUAACACCGUGUUACCUGUUUUAGUGCUGGCUUGUGACCGUAGCACCGUCAGGCGUUGUUUGGAUAAACUCUUACGUUACCGGCCGUCGGCGGAACGGUUCCCGGUGAUCGUCAGUCAAGAUUGUGGUCAUUUAGAGACAGCUCGUGUCAUCGCUUCCUACGGUGACUCCGUGUCCCACAUCCAACAACCGGAUCUGAGUGACAUCCCCGUCCCCUCGGAGCAUCGGAAAUUCCAAGGUUAUUAUAAAAUCGCUCGUCAUUAUCGUUGGGCUUUAGGGCAGAUGUUUCAUCACUUUCAUUAUCGAGCUGUGAUCGUGGUGGAAGAUGAUUUAGAAAUUGCUCCUGAUUUUUUUGAGUAUUUCCAAGCUGCUUUCCCACUUCUCCUCACCGACCGGAGUCUUUGGUGCGUUUCGGCGUGGAACGAUAACGGUAAAGAACAAAUGAUUGAUCUCACCAGAGCUGAUUUACUUUAUAGAACUGAUUUUUUUCCUGGUUUAGGUUGGUUACUUUUAGCUGAACUUUGGGAUGAAUUAGAACCUAAAUGGCCAAAAGCUUUUUGGGAUGAUUGGAUGAGACAACCAGAACAACGACGCGAUCGUUCUUGCGUCCGACCUGAAAUCUCCCGGACGAUGACUUUUGGGAGGAAAGGUGUAAGUCACGGGCAAUUUUUUGAUCAAUAUUUAAAAUUUAUCAAAUUAAACGACCGUUUCGUGCCUUUUACCCAAUUGGAUCUUUCUUACCUCAAAAAAGAAGAAUACGAACGAGGGUUUUUAACUCAAGUUUAUUCAGCUCCCGAGGUAAAAGUUGAAGAACUUCAAGGAAAUCACCGUCGGGAAUUAGGAACCGUUCGGCUCCAGUACAGCAGCCGUGAGUCCUUCAAAGCUUUCGCCAAAGCUCUGGGGCUGAUGGACGAUCUCAAAUCCGGGGUCCCCCGCGCCGGGUACCGCGGCAUCGUCAGCUUCGUCUACCGGGGACGACGCGUUUACCUGGCGCCGCCUGCUGGAUGGACGGGGUAUGACCCCAGCUGGAGCUGA